AGGGGCGGGGCACUUCAGGCCACACCUCCUUCAGGUUCUAAUCGGAGGGCGGAGGCGUGGCCAGGGAGAUUUGUGCUCCUGGUGGGUCCAGCCUGCGAAAGGCCUCUGGGUGUGUGGUCCUCGUUGGCGGGGAAAAUUGCGGGAGGGACUUCAUGUGCUACUCAGAGUGGAGGCUACCAUGAUAAUAAGGGAAAGAAGGACCUGGAGAUGGGAUGCAGAGUUCCAGGACUCCUGCGCGCCCCAGAUCUCACCCGGGAAAGACGGAGCCCCCUCAGAUGAGCUCCAAGGCCCGCCCUGCCUCUAACUGGGCGUGCUUCCUCGGAGCGCGGGGCUGUGCCUCUUGCCAGGCUCGGAGUUGCAAGGCGUCCCCUCUGGUCUGCCGCAGGAUGGACCUCUCCGCCGCAGGAUGGACCUCUCCGCCGCGCUCUGGUGCCCCCUGGGGCUGCUGCUGACCCUCGCCCUGAACCCGGCCUUGGGCGCUCACACGCACAGGGACUACUGCGUGCUGGGUGCGGGCCCCGCUGGGCUGCAGGUGGCUGCCUUCCUGCACCACGCCGGCCGGGACUACGAGAUGUUCGAGCGCGCUCCUGCACCCGGCAGCUUCUUCACGCGCUACCCACGGCACCGCAAGCUUAUCAGCAUCAACAAGCGGUACACGGGCAAGAACAACGUGGAGUUCAACCUCCGCCACGACUGGAACUCUCUGCUCAGCCACGACCCCCGGCUGCUCUUCAGACACUACUCCGGAGCCUACUUCCCCGAUGCCGGUGACAUGGUGCGCUACCUGCGCGAUUUCGCAGACAGACUGGGGCUCCACGUGCAGUACAACACAAAUAUCGUCCAUGUCACUCUGGAGAAGGACCGGCGGGCCUGGAAUGGCCACUACUUCAUCCUGACCGAUCAGAAGGGCCAGAUGUACCAAUGCAGUGUCCUCCUUGUAGCCACAGGUCUGUCAGUCCCCAACCAGGUGGACUUCCCAGGCUCCGAGUAUGCAGAGGGUUAUGAGUCUGUGUCUGUGGACCCUGAGGACUUUGUGGGUCAGAAUGUGCUGAUCCUGGGUCGGGGGAACUCGGCCUUUGAGACGGCGGAGAACAUCUUGGGUGUCACAAACUUUAUCCACAUGCUGAGCCGCUCCCGGGUGCGGCUGUCCUGGGCCACCCACUACGUUGGAGACCUCAGAGCCAUCAACAAUGGCCUGCUAGACACCUACCAGCUGAAGUCCCUGGACGGACUUCUUGAGUCGGACCUGAGAGAUCUGGCCAUCGUGAAGGAUGCCGAGGGCAAGUUCCACAUCACCCUGGGGUUCUUCCUGGAGAUGACCAAUGCUAGUCAGAGUGCCACCUCCAUCCCCCUGCCUCAGGAUGACAACGACAACUUUGCCAUGCGUGUGGCCUACGACCGGGUCAUCCGCUGCCUGGGCUGGAAGUUCGACUUCUCCAUUUUCAACCAGUCCCUGCGACUCUCCUCUGGGAGUGAGUUCAGCAAGAAGUACCCACUGAUCAAAGCGAGCUAUGAAUCCAAAGGAAGCCGGGGUCUCUUUAUCCUGGGUACUGCCAGCCACUCAGUGGACUACCGGAAAUCAGCAGGGGGCUUCAUCCAUGGCUUCCGGUACACAGUGCGUGCUGUACACCGGCUCCUGGAGCACCGCCACCAUGGCAUCCCCUGGCCCUGCACCAGGCACCCCAUCACUCAGCUGACCAACUCCAUCGUCCAGCGUGUGAACGAGGCUUCUGGGCUCUACCAGAUGUUCGGGGUGCUGGCUGAUGUCAUCCUGCUGAAGGAGAACGCCUCGGCCUUUGAGUACCUGGAGGAGUUCCCCAUGCAGAUGCUGGCCCAGCUGGAGACCCUCACAGGAAGGACGGCCAAGCACGGGCUGUUCGUCAUCAACAUGGAGUAUGGCAAAAACUUCUCAGGGCCUGACAAGGACGUCUUCUUUCACCACCGGUCCGUGGGGCAUACGGAAGACGCGUGGCAGUCUAACUUCCUCCACCCUGUCAUCUACUACUACAGGCACCUCCCUACCGAGCAGGAGGUGAGGUUCCGCCCUGCACACUGGCCCCUGCCGAGGCCCACAGCCAUCCACCACAUCGUGGAAGAUUUCCUGACAGACUGGACUGCCCCGGUGGGGCACAUCCUCCCGCUGAGGCGCUUCCUGGAAAACUGUCUGGACACGGAUCUGCGAAGUUUCUAUGCAGAAUCUUGUUUCCUGUUUGCCCUCACGCGCCAGAAGCUGCCCCCCUUUUGCCAGCAGGGGUACCUGCAAAUGAAGGGGCUUGUGUACACCGAGAGCCUUCGGCAGCACGGUGUGGAAAGUGGGCUUCUGCGGGACUAUGCCACCGUGGGCCAGGCCCUGAAGGACAGCAGUCGGCAGCCUGGUGAUCACCAGCCAAUGGAUCACCCCUUGGCUACAGGGCAUCUGAUUCAGUCCCUUGACAGUAACAAAGAGGAGCUCUGACUGUCCUCUCCUAAGCUGUGGGCAGAGUGGCUGGUUUCUCCCUUUGGCCUGGUCAGGCCUCCUGUUUCGCCACAGCCUCACACUCCUACAGACAUGUGACCGCCAGAGACCACGCAGGUCCUCCCCAUGGCUGCACCAAAGCAAUCUUCAGGGCAUAGAAG